AUGUGCAAGCCGACACUAACACGGGCCCCGAGCUUCCGUGCAGAGAGGCUGCCCUCUGCUGAUGUGGCCACAGGAGCGGGAGGGCUGCCCUCUGCUGAUGUGGCCACAGGAGCGGGAGGGGUGCCCUCUGCUGAUGUGGCCACAGGAGCGGGAGGGCUGCCCUCUGCUGAUGUGGCCACAGGAGCGGGAGGGCUGCCCUCUGCUGAUGUGGCCACAGGAGCGGGAGGGGUGCCCGAAGGAAGGGAGUUACGGUUGGAGGAAAGGAUGGACCUUAGCUGCACCACGACCUUGACUGGUCCUGGUCCCAGUGCACUUCCCUGCCGAUCUCGGUGCCUACACAGGCUUAUGCCACGUUCUCGUCACCUGGAGCGUUCUGACCUGCGUCGGCUAAUCAGAUUUGUAUUUGGCGGACCCGGGGAGGAGCUGACGAGCUCGUACUCCCCACCGCAGCCCUGGGAGACGUCCCAGUGGCGUUUGGGGGCCCGAUUCGUGGCCCAUUUGCAGUUUGUGAGUCGCGUGGAACUGGGACUUUUGGGGGCUGCCCCACUGUCUGAGGGAUUCUUGACUCUUUUGGGAGACGAGGAGCCCGGGUCCUCAAAGUCUCCGUUUGAAUUCUUGCUUUCGGUUUUAUGCCAAAGCCGCGCUGCAAGUUUCUGUGUCUGUCUAAGUUGUAUUUUGUUUGUCUGUCUAAUUGUUACUGUCACCGCGGUUGAGAGAAUGGGCCAAUCUGUAACCACCCCUCUAAGCCUGACUUUACAGCACUGGCGAGACGUCCAAGACAUUGCAAAUAACCAGUCAGUGGACGUCCGGAAGAGACACUGGGUAACUGUCUGUUCCUCGGAAUGGCCCACGUUCAAUGUGGGCUGGCCAAGGGAUGGUACUUUUGACAUCAAUGUUAUCUUACAGGUAAAGGCUAAGGUGAUGGAUCCUGGCCAUCACGGGCAUCCAGACCAGGUCGCGUAUAUCGUGGUCUGGGAGGCGAUGGCUUAUGACCCACCGCCCUGGGUCAAGCCUUUCGUCACCCCGAAACCCCCUAUCCUUACCCCCUCUGCACCUGCCUUACCCCCUCCACUCCUUCCCACCCCAACGGGACCUCCGCCCCACUCCUCCCUGUACCCAACCCUCACCAAAUCCCCGGUGCCCAAGCCCCCUCCUCCAAAAGUCUUGCCCCCAGAUGAUGACCUACUGAUGGACCUCCUCACGGAGGGCCCUCCCCCAUAUCAGGAGCCAGCUCCACGGACUCCGAAUGAGGCUGACUCAACUGAAAGAAAAGAAGAACAAGCAGCGCCGGCCUCUGCUGGUCCUUCUCCGAUGGCCACACGCCUGAGGGGACGAAGAGACCAGCUGCAUGCAGCGGAUACAACCUCCUCACAGGCAUUCCCUCUUCGCACGGGAAUGAACGGCCAACUGCAGUACUGGCCAUUCUCCUCCUCAGACCUCUACAACUGGAAAAAUAAUAACCCUCCUUUUUCUGAGGACCCCUCUAGGUUGACUGCUCUGAUUGAAUCUAUUUUGAUUACCCAUCAGCCUACAUGGGACGACUGCCAACAGCUGCUGCAGACCCUGCUGACUUCGGAGGAACGGCAGAGGGUCCUCCUGGAAGCCCGGAAGGAAGUCCGGGGACCUGAUGGCCGCUCCACCCAAUUGCCUAAUGAAAUAGAUUCUGCCUUUCCCCUUGAACGCCCCUCUUGGGAUUUCACCACGGUGGAAGGUAGGAAUCACCUAGCCCUCUAUCGCCAGUUGCUCAUAGCGGGUCUCCACAGGGCGGCUCGACGCCCAACGAAUUUGGCUCAGGUAAAGCAGGUUAUACAGGGGUCAGAGGAAACUCCCUCUGCGUUCCUUGAGAGGCUCAAAGAGGCUUACCGCAGAUAUACUCCCUAUGACCCUGAUGACCCCGGACAGGAGACCAAUAUCUCCAUGUCUUUUAUUUGGCAGUCAGCUCCAGAUAUCAGACGCAAACUGGAGCAUCUAGAGAACCUCAGGGAAAGCUCACUCAGGGAUCUGCUAAAGGAAGCAGAAAAGAUUUUCAAUAAGAGGGAGACUCAGGAAGAGAGGGAGGACCGCCUCAGGAGAGAAGCAGAGGAACGAGAGGACCGCUUCAGAAAAGAAGCCGAGGAAAGGGAAAAAGAGAGGGACCGCAAGAGACAUAAGGAAAUGAGUAAACUUUUGGCCACCGUAGUGUCAGGGCAAAGACAGGAUAGACAGGAGGGAGACAAAAGAAGGCCACCCCUUGACAAGGACCAAUGCGCCUACUGUAAAGAAAAGGGGCAUUGGGCAAGGGAUUGUCCCAAGAACUCGAGGGGACCCAGGAGACCAAGACCUUCUCAGACCUCCCUCCUAGCUCUGGACGACUAGGGAGAUCAGGGCCAGGAGCCUCCCCCUGAGCCCAGGAUAACCUUAGAUGUUGGGGGGCAACCCGUCACCUUCCUAGUUGAUACCGGAGCUCAACACUCGGUGCUAACCCGGGACCCCGGACCCCUGAGUGACAAGUCUGCCUGGGUCCAAGGGGCCACUGGUGGAAAACGAUACCGAUGGACCACAGAUCGCAAGCUUCACCUAGCAACUGGUAAGGUGACUCAUUCUUUCCUCCACGUGCCUGACUGUCCAUAUCCGCUCCUAGGAAGGGACUUGCUCACAAAAUUAAAAGCCCAAAUUUACUUCAAGGAAACCGGAGCACAGGUAGUUGGCCCUCAGGGACAACCCUUACAUGUGCUGACUCUCAGCCUAGAAGAUGAAUAUAGGCUGCAUGAAAAAGACAGUACCACUGCGGCCCCCACUGAGGCUUAUUGGCUGGAUCGCUUUCCCCAGGCAUGGGCAGAAACCGGGGGAAUGGGGCUGGCCAGACAGCAGCCCCCUCUAGUGGUAAGCCUCAAGACAACUGCUACUCCUGUCUCGAUUAAACAGUAUCCCAUGUCUCACGAGGCAAGGGAAGGAAUAAGGCCUCACAUCAAAAGGCUUCUUGACCAGGGAAUAUUAGUCCCCUGCCGGUCCCCUUGGAAUACCCCCUUGCUGCCCGUGAAAAAGCCAGGGACUGGGGACUAUAGACCUGUGCAGGAUCUAAGAGAGGUCAAUAAACGGGUGGAAGACAUACACCCGACAGUUCCUAACCCCUACAAUCUGUUAAGUGGACUAUCACCCUCAUAUACUUGGUAUACCGUCCUGGACCUCAAGGAUGCAUUCUUCUGCCUGAGACUGCACCCCAGAAGUCAGCCCAUAUUUGCCUUUGAAUGGAAGGAUCCUAAACUGGGGAUUUCAGGACAGCUGACCUGGACCAGGUUGCCUCAGGGUUUCAAAAAUAGCCCCACCCUGUUCGAUGAGGCCCUACACCGAGACUUAGCGGAUUUCAGGGUGAGGCAUCCUGGCCUGAUGCUGUUACAGUAUGUUGAUGAUCUCUUGUUAGCUGCUACUUCGGCUCAGGACUGUAUAAAAGGAACUGAGGCAUUACUACAAGCCUUGGGGGAUCUAGGGUACCGAGCUUCUGCCAAAAAGGCCCAAAUAUGCCAACGGCAGGUCACCUACCUAGGGUACCAAAUCAGAGAAGGACAGAGGUGGCUAACGGAGGCCAGGAAAGACACAGUUAUAAAAAUCCCUACACCCCGGACACCCCGCCAGCUGAGAGAGUUUCUAGGGACAGCGGGAUUCUGCCGGCUCUGGAUCCCCGGAUUCGCGGAACUGGCAGCCCCUUUGUACCCACUGACUAAGCAGGGGGUGAUGUACUCAUGGGGAUCGGAUCAGGACGAGGCUUUUCAGAAAAUCAAACGGGCUCUGCUCACAGCCCCAGCCUUAGGCCUCCCUGACCUGACUAAGCCUUUUGAUUUGUUUGUCGAUGAGAAGCAAGGAUAUGCAAAAGGGGUCUUGACCCAGAGGCUGGGGCCCUGGCGGCGGCCAAUAGCCUACCUAUCCAAGAAAUUGGACCCCGUGGCCACAGGAUGGCCCCCAUGCCUCAGAAUGGUAGCAGCAGUGGCAGUCCUCACCAAGGACGCUGGCAAACUGACUAUGGGCCAACCUUUGACCAUCCUGGCCCCACACGCAAUUGAGACUCUAAUCAGACAACCCCCAGAUCGCUGGCUCUCCAAUGCCCGCAUGACCCAUUAUCAGGCCAUGCUCCUGGACUCGGACCGAAUCCAUUUCGGACCAGUGGUGGCGCUCAAUCCUGCAACCCUGCUACCACUCCCAGAGGAGGGGGAGACGGACCAACACGACUGUCUCGAGAUCCUUGCGGAAAUGCACGGGACCAGACCGGACCUGACGGAUCAACCCCUCCGGGAUGCGGAUGUCACCUGGUACACUGACGGCAGCAGCUUUCUGCGGGAAGGUGAGCGAAAGGCGGGUGCAGCGGUAACCACGGAGACCGAGGUGAUCUGGGCACAGCCUCUGCCUGCGGGGACUUCUGCGCAGCGAGCAGAGCUUGUCGCCUUGACACAAGCUUUGAGGAUGGCAGAAGGUAAGAAGCUCAAUGUCUAUACUGACAGCCGAUAUGCUUUUGCCACUGCUCAUGUUCAUGGGGAAAUAUACAGAAGAAGAGGGCUACUGACUUCAGAAGGAAAGGAAAUUAAAAAUAAAACAGAGAUCUUAGCCUUGUUAAAAGCUUUAUUUCUGCCUCGGAAACUGAGCAUUAUACAUUGCCCAGGACACCAGAAAGGAGACAGCCCUGAGGCUCGAGGAAACCGGCUGGCUGAUGAAGCCGCCAAACAGGUGGCCCUGCAGGCUCCGCUAGCCAUACUGCCCAUGCACCAAGAUAAGAGAGACCCCCUCAAAUAUGAUGAGGAGGAUCUAAAGCUCCUGGCAGACAUGGGAGCGGAGCAGGACCAGAAAACGGGCGAAUGGACAUGGAAGGGAAAAACAGUGAUGCCGAUGGCAUACACUUAUAAGAUGCUUGAUUACUUACAUAAAUUGACCCAUCUAAGCCCCCGAAAGAUGAAAACUUUGUUAGACCGGCAGGAAACUUUUUGCUAUUUACUGGGGCGAGACAGCAUCCUCCAAAAAGUUAUGGACAAAUGUAGAGCAUGUGCACAGGUAAAUGCAGGAAAAACCAAGGUGGGACAGGGGGUGCGAAUCCGCGGACAUCGACCAGGAGUACAAUGGGAAAUUGACUUUACUGAAAUAAAACCAGGCAUGUAUGGAUACCGGUACUUAUUGGUAUUUGUGGACACCUUUUCGGGAUGGGUGGAAGCCUUCCCGACCAAGCAUGAGACCGCAAAAAUUGUGACCAAAAAGCUGCUGGAAGAAAUCUUCCCCAGGUAUGGCAUGCCCCAAGUGCUGGGCACUGAUAAUGGACCUGCCUUCGUCUCCCAGGCACUCCAGAUCGUGCAGAGAGAGGUCUGGAAGCCACUCGCUGCAGCCUAUAAGGAACAAUUAGACAGACCAGCGGUACCUCACAGCUACCAGAUUGGCGAUACAGUUUGGGUCCGCAGACAUCAGACUAAGAAUCUGGAACCCCGCUGGAAAGGACCCUACACCGUGCUGCUAACCACUCCAACGGCACUGAAAGUUGACGGCAUCGCGGCCUGGGUCCACGCCUCCCACGUAAAAACAGCUCGUACAGAAGGAGAUACAGCAGAACCACUAUGGAGGGUCCAGCGCUCUCAAAACCCUCUAAAGAUAAGACUUACCCGGGGGCCCCAUUGACUGGUUUAUGGAUCUUGUUGGGACUAGGGAUGAUAGUCCGGGGAGACAGCCCUCACCUGGUACGCUCCCUAAAAUGGCAGGUAUUGUCCUCGGUCGGAGAAGUUGUCUGGGAAAUUCAGGCAAACCAUGCGAUAGACACCUGGU